AUGGAAGGCAGGCGGGGUGCGCUCGACCUCUCUGAAGAGAUAGAACUUUGUGGAAAGCUGCGCAACGACAUUGGCAAAGCACUGAAAACGGAUGCGCAUAAUGCAGCCAAGUAUGGCAGGCAUACAGUUUGUGCAUAUUUAAUUCGUGCAUCGCAAAUAUAUUCAUCAUCUGCCCUGUUCAGAGCCCAGUCGGAAUGCGAAGAGAGCAAAGCCCUCGAGAGUCUGAUUGAAACUGAAGCUUUGCACCUAGAGGAAAACGUUGCAACAGCAGAGACUUCUUUUCUGCAUGCUACUGCUAGCAUAGAGAAGAUUGAAGUGGCAACGGCGCACCUGCACGAAACUAAUUCUGUUCUGUCGCAACAACUGGACAGAUCUCUUCAGCUAAUUGACGAAAGCACUGAAGGUGGGAGCAGCAGGCACCACCAGUUGUGGAUGAACGAAUUCGAAGUGUUUUUUUAUUCAUUCGUAUUUUCAUUUCAGCGUUUGAGGAACUGCGAAGGCAGCACUUGUCGUUCUGCCAAGUACAGGAAGAAGCUCACAAGAGGAUGUGUGUUUUGUUCUCUUUGUAAUCAAUUCACCUUUUCCAUCUCGCGUCCACGCAGGACCUCUGUCGAGGCGUUGCUGCGCAGCAUAAUGAACGGAGAGGAGCAGACGAGGGGUCUCAAAGCGGAGAUGCAAACGCUGAAAAGCACAUUGGAGGUUCUAGAAAGGACAAAAGAAGAACUCAUUCCGGUGUUAGAAAGCUGUGAAAAAGCUUUCGCAUCGCUUUUUCCUGUUAUUCCGCGCCGCAGGGACGCCGAAUUAGUUCAUUAUAAACGGAAGGUCUCGGAAAUGCUAAAAAAUGAACAAGGGAUCUUCUCAGAAAUGAAGAAAAGGGAACACUGCAUUGUGGAGUUCUCAUCUGCACAACAGAAAGCCGCAAACGUGACUGAAGCUUUGCAAAAAGAGGAAGAAAAGCUCGCUGCACUCUGUGGCAUGCUCAUCGGCUGCCUUCCCCCUUGUUUAUUCCUUCUAAAGGAAAUGGCUCGCAUGGAACAAACUGAAAUGGACGCUUUGCGCGAAAAUGAAAAGAGAAUUAUGAAUAAAGGCCUUGAAGCGUUGCAAAAGGCAGAGAGAGAGGCGGAUGAGGUUGCUGGCGCGGCCGAUAUAGCUGAGUCGCGCCUCAGUGACCUCCGACGCGCUCAUGCGGCGUUUACGAAUCUCGAAGGGCUAGAGGCAAAAAUUGUUGAGGCUCAGGAGAAUGAAAAAGCGAGAUCUUUAACUUUGGCUGCAGCUUACUCUACAUUCCAUGCUCCCGCUCCUACCACCACUCCUGCGGCACGCCGUGAGGCUGAGUGGCAGAACAACGCGUGCAUGCAGAGCGGAGGUAGCAGAACACCAAAUAUUUCGUUCGCUCUAUUCUUCUCGGGCCUGAGAAAAGGAGACAGCGCUUAUACAGACCGCUAUGCAUCUCAAGAAACAUUUGAACCGCGAAGUCCGGAGGAGGUGGAGGCGCUUUGCAGGGCUUGGGAGCACUAUGUACACCCCAGGGCGAGGGAAUUCUGGCAAACUGCAGAGGCCAGGAUCGAAAUAUUACAGAAGAUCGCUCGCGGUGUGCAUAGAGGCUACGACCCUGUCUUGGGCGAUGAUAAACAGUGCGUCGUUUGGUACGGGGAUUUGUCAGAAGACGACAAUUUGCCGGUCAUUCGAAUGGUGAAGCCUGGAGAAACUCAAGAGUCGCAGACUUACGUCAACCGCACCCUCGUUUUCCUUUAUGCAGAUGAGGAGAGUUUCAACGAGCUGCAGGAAAAGCCCAAGAAGGCGUUUACAAUGGCCUGUGCAAACCCGCUUUGUGUCAACCUCACGCAUAUCGCACUAGAUGAUUAA